AUGGACCAGUGUCAAUCUUCAUACGAGGACAAAAUCAUUAUCAGUGGUCGAUUUGGUGGCUUUGGAGGUCGUUACGCACCCGAGAGCCAGAUUGAAUUUCUACAAAAUCUCACAACUUUGUUCCAGAACUCCUUGGAUGAAGUUGAGUUCUGGAAUGAAUACUGGACCUUCUUGCCAAACGAGCCGAGCCCCUUGCAUCGGGCUCCUGCGUUGACGCAGUUGGCGGGGGGUGGCGAUGUCUGGCUCAAACGCGAAGACCUUAAUGGCUACACAAGUCCGAGCAGAUACAACAUUGUUGGCCAGAUCCUGUUGGCGCGUAGGAUGAACAAAACAGAGAUUAUCACCGCUUGUACGUCCAUGUAUCAUGGGAUUGAGUGCGCUACUUUGUGUGCGACAUUGGGAAUGGCCUGCAGCAUCUACAUGGGCGCAAAAGAUGCCCUUAGUGGGCAUGCCGAGAUCCAAGAAAUGAAAAGAAUGGGCGCCACAGUGAUCAUAGUCAACAAAGGCAACAUGUCACUUCGUGAGGCCAGGGGCGAAGCCCUACAAUCUUCCACGGUUCGCUUCAAAAUCGCCUUCUAUGUUUCAAUAUCCGAUAUUGGGCCACAUCCAUAUCCAUGGAUUGUUCGCACUUUUCAGUCCAUCAUUGGGAGCCAAGCAAUGAGUCAAUUGGGAGAGUCUUGUGGAAAGUUUCCAACUUGGGUUGCUGCGCCGAUCACGGGAAAUGGUACAGCAGUUGGAUUUUUCUAUCCUUUUUCGAGAUAUAGCUCCGUCAAGCUUCUUGCAGUGGAAGCUUUUGGCGCGGCAGCGCUCUGCUUUGGAUCCCAUGGGGUGUACAGUGGAGCUUUUACGAACGUCAUACAGAAUGAUGAUGGCCAAAUCCUUCAGAUCGACACACUAUCACCGGAAAUGAACUCUCCUGCGAGCGGGCCAGAGCUUUCCCGCUGGAAACAAGAUGGUCAACUCAAGUGCGCAUUCGCAACAAGGGAAGAGGCGCUGGAAGGACAGCGAAUAUUGGAGGAUACCGAGGGUAUUCCAGCGGGACUUGACACGGCGCACGCGAUUCAGAACGUAAUAAAUACCGCGCAAAAGUUGGAUAACGAUGAAUUUAUUCUAGUUCUAGUCAGUGGACCUUGA